AUGUGCUCACUGCUCUUUGUACCUUACGAGGCCCCCAAGAAGGCUGAUGGGAAGAAGAAGAUCUCCAAAGCGCAGCGGCUGAAGAUGCUGCAGGAGGAGGAGGAGAGACGGCUGAAAGAAGAAGAGGAGGAACGUUUGAGGAAAGAAAGAGAAGAGGUGGAAAGGCUCGAGAAGAAACGCCUUGAGCAAGAGAAAUGGGAAAAACUUGAAGACAAAGACCUUGACAGGAAAAACGAGGAGGCCGCAGAACUUUCCUUGCUGGAGAUGUGCUUUACCGAGGCAGAGCAAAUGAAACGAGAAGUUCAACUGCUUUCUCAGUGGAAACACUAUCUUCAGUGUGACGGGCACCCCGACCCCACAGUUGCCCAGGAAAUCAACACGUACAUCAGCUUGUGGAGAGAGGAGACCAACGAGACCUUUGAGCAGGUGAUCCAGAAGAGUGACCAAGUGCUGAGUCUAAUCGAUAAAUUGACACUAAUCUUACUCGAGACGCCACCAUUUGAUUUGCAAAACAAAAGUAUAAUGCAGUACAAAGGAUCGAUUCUUGAGCUGCAAGACCUCCUUUUCCUGAAGUUUAAUCGAGCCACGGAAAUACUUCUCAGACAAGCCAGCACCUUAGCAGACCCGGACAGUGGAAACAUGGAAAAAGUCAUCCAAGCGGAAAGCAUCACUGUCUACGUCUGGGCGAACCUCAAGAAGAACCCAAGGCAGCGCAGCAUCCGGUUCUGUGGCACAGAGAUCGGCUUCGAGAUCCCCAGGGUGUUAGCCACCAGCGACAUCGCCCUCCGGCUCCUGCACACCCACUUCGACCAUGUGUCCCCGCUGCCCACUGUGGCCGCCGCCUCCGACCGCGCCCCGGAGCCCAGCAAAGAGGACACAGGGGUGAAGGCGGCGGGCAGCGUGGUGGCCGAGCUGGCGGGCAGCCCCAAGCCAGAGGCCGCGGGCAGCCCCGAGUCGGAGGCGCCGGGCAGCCCCGAACCCGAGGUGCCGCUGGAGGUGCAGGAGAUGCCCAGGCCCGAGAGCAGCCUGCAAGAAGAACCAAAAAUAAAAGCAUAUGAGCUGGAGAUGGCGCUGCUAAGUCAAAGGGUCUCGGCAGCGCAGCUGAAGAUGCUGGAGAACGUGCAGGACAAGCCUGAAAUCUUUGAAGACGACGAGGUCGACCUGUGCCAGUUCUCCACCCUGGGCGGUGUGUACCACCUGGACGUUCUGGAACUGCCUCCUCAGUGUAAACCAGUGAAGGGCUGGGUGAUCGUGCGGGUGCUCCAGGAAGGAUUACAGAAAUACAUCUACCCACCAGAAGCCACGGAAGAGGUUGACGUAGAAAACGCCUUCCCGCCCAUUGAGGUCACGCUGGAGGUCCACAAAAAUGUCAUCUUCUUUGAGAAUCCCCAGGUGGCAAGGUGGGACCCUCAAGUCAAACACUGGAAGACGGACGGCAUCAGCCACACCACCUACAACCCAGAGGGCAGGCUCGUGUCCUUCAGCCUGGACACCUUCGGCCCCAUCACUUUGAUCCAGGACACGCACAUCAACAUGCCCUUCCAGUACUGGGAACUCGUGCCCCUCGACCUGAACCAGGCGCUUUUCACUGUGAAGACAGUGUUUGCCAAGAUUCAGAUCCACAUCAAGGACAACCUCUGUCUGUUAGCGUCCCUCAACUUACAUAACAACCAGGACUUCACUUUCCUAGAAGGAAAAUGGAUGACGCCCAUUUCUUUCAUUCUUGCCUUAAAAAAAGCCGGACUGAACAUUUUCCCCUCUGGACACUCUCACUUCUACGUCCUUAUAAACUAUAAGAGUCCCAUGGUGGAGAUGAAGACUUACCAACAAAUGGCCCUGCUGAGUUCUGCCUUCGCGUUCGGCUGGAGCAGAUGGAAUAUACACAGUGACUCCAGAAAAGUUAUAUUUAAGGUAUCGGAGCACAUCCCCGAGGAGGAAUCGAUCCAGGACAUCGACUGCAUGAUCAUCAUGUUCACGGGUGACCGCGCCCAGAGGCUGCACAUCAGCGAGUACAGCGAGGACUUCUCGGAGCAGCCCCAGGAGGGCUCGGAGUUCCACUCGACCCUGUACCACAUGAUCACGGGCGUGGCCUCGCCCGCUGCCCUGGACAACAUCAGGAACUCCAGCACCCUGUUCGUGGACACCGUUUGCUACAUGCUGCUGUCCACUCGCCCACUCAGCUACUCUUAG